UCCCGAAGUCGGUUUCUAUGCGCCGAGAACGCCACGCUGUGAACACGACGCUUCUCAAAUCGUACACUGAAACCCUAAAUUGGAGUGGGAGAGGUGGAGGGAGAGAGAGAGAGAGAGAUUGGGUGUUUUCGGUGCUUAUUACUUCGAAUUUGCUUCGAAUUUGGGGUUUUCGAGGCGCAUUUUGAUCUGGGUUCUCUUCAAAAUUUGAUCAUUCGGUGAGAAAUUUGAGAUAUUUGGGUAAAAAUUCGCACCUUGUGAGAUUUGUGCUAGAGUUUUGAGAUAUCCGGGGAAAAAUUUGAUCUUUGUGUUUUGAGGCUUGUGAUAAAGAUUAAGUUGUUAAGUUCUCUUUCCAAAUUGGGGUUCUUAACGGGGGAGGGGGGGGGAGGAUUUGGGGUUUUUCCCUCUAAAUGCCCUUGGAUUAGCUUACCUUUUGUGGAAAUUUUCGUUUUGGGAUUUAAAAUGAGGGGGAAAUUGUGGUUUUCGAUUUGGGUUUUGUUUCUGUGGGGAUCCUGUUGGGGGAGAUUCGUUGUGGAGAAGAAUAGCUUGAAGGUGACUUCCCCUGAGGAUUUGAAGGGGAUUUAUGAGUGCGCAAUUGGGAAUUUUGGGAUUCCUCAGUAUGGUGGAACCAUGCUAGGGUUUGUGGUGUACCCAAAAUCUAAUCGAAAGGCUUGUAAGAGCUUUGAUGAGUUUGAUAUCUCUUUCAAAUCCAAGCCCGGAGCGUUCCCCACCUUUCUUCUUGUUGACAGAGGAGAUUGUUACUUCACGACAAAGGCAUGGAAUGCGCAGAAUGCGGGUGCCGCUGCUAUUCUUGUCGCCGAUAACAAGGUCGAACCCUUGAUAACCAUGGAUACACCCGAAGAAGACAGUAGCGUGGCCGACUAUUUCCAGAACAUUACCGUCCCUUCAGCACUUGUUAGCAAAAGCUUUGGUGACAGCCUUAAGAAAGCUCUGGACAAUGGCGAUAUGGUGAAUGUAAACUUGGAUUGGAGGGAGUCCCUUCCCCACCCAGACGAGCGUGUCGAGUAUGAGUUUUGGACUAAUAGUAAUGAUGAAUGCGGCGCCAAAUGUGAGAGCCAAAUUGAAUUUGUGAAGAGCUUCAAAGGAGCGGCGCAGAUACUUGAGAAGAAGGGUUAUACCCAGUUCACUCCGCAUUAUAUUACGUGGUAUUGUCCCGAAGCUUUCAUAUUAAGCAAGCAGUGCAAGUCGCAGUGUAUUAACCACGGACGGUACUGUGCACCUGACCCAGAACAGGAUUUUAGUAAGGGGUAUGACGGGAAAGAUGUUGUGGUUCAAAACUUGCGCCAGGUUUGCGUGUUUAAAGUCGCAAACGAGAGUAGAAAGCCGUGGUUGUGGUGGGAUUACGUGACCGAUUUCGCGAUUAGGUGCCCUAUGAAGGAGAAAAAAUAUACGAAGGAGUGUGCUGAAGAGGUGAUCAAGUCAUUAGGUCUCGAUCUUAAGAAGAUAAAUAAAUGUGUUGGGAAUCCUGAUGCUGAUGAAGAAAACCCUGUGCUUAAAGCUGAACAGGAUGCACAGAUUGGCAAGGGCUCGCGUGGGGACGUAACCAUCUUACCGACUCUUGUCAUUAACAACAGACAAUACAGAGGGAAGCUUGAUAAGGGUGCGGUGCUCAAAGCAAUUUGUGCUGGUUUUCAGGAGACUACUGAGCCAGCUGUUUGUUUAAGUGAAGGCAUAGAAACAAAUGAGUGCUUGGAAAAUAAUGGUGGAUGCUGGCACGAUAAGGCCGCUAAUGUCACAGCGUGCAAGGAUACUUUUCGUGGGAGAGUUUGUGAGUGCCCAAUUGUGAAAGGUGUGAAGUUUGUAGGAGAUGGAUACACCCAUUGUGAAGCUUCAGGAUCUGGUAGGUGUGAAAUUAACAAUGGAGGAUGUUGGAAAGAAACUAGAAAUGGUCAAACCUACUCUGCCUGUGUGGAUGGGGGAUGUAAAUGCCCUCCUGGCUUUAAAGGUGACGGAAACAAAAAAUGUGAAGAUAUUGACGAAUGCAAAGAGAGAACUGCAUGUCAGUGUUCAGGAUGCAAAUGCAAAAACACUUGGGGAAGCUACGAGUGCAAUUGUCGUGGAGAUUUGUUGUACAUGAAGGAGCAUGAUACAUGCAUAAGUAAGAAACCAACCACGGAGGUCGGCUGGAGCUUCAUAUGGGUAAUAUUCCUCGGCCUUGCAGCAGCUGGAAUUGGAGGCUAUGCGGUGUACAAGUACAGGAUUCGGAGCUAUAUGGAUUCGGAGAUUCGCGCCAUUAUGGCUCAGUACAUGCCAUUGGACAAUCAAUCUGAAGUUCCUAAUCAUGUUCAUCAUGGGGAUAUCUGAGCAGCGAAAACUCCCCGAGUAGCUAAAUUUGCUGAAACUAUCGGUUGCUGAAUUAAUAUUUGCAUCAGCAGAGAUAUGUUCAUUGGGCGUCGACUGUUGUAUUUCAGGAAAUUAUAUAGCUAGCUUGCCUGUAAAUUUCAAAGUUUAUCUAUGCCACUAUUUUGGGAAGAGUUGAACUGGUAUAGUGCUUUUAGUGCUCUGGAUUUAUGUUUGGAGUUUUAGAUAAUAAUAAUAAUGUGAGUCUUCCUUCUGAUAGUGGUAGCAUACUAAGUGUUGUUCAUCUUACUGUGUAUUUAUAUGUAUGCGCACCGCGGCUAUAUAUGACUAAUUUUCUUUGCUAGGGUUGUGAGA